AAAUGGACACGAUUGGAUGCUGAGGAAUCUGUAAAGCGGACGACGGGAAAUGAGGCUUUUCGAUCUGUCUCGCUUUAGAAAAUUAGCAUUUCUUUUGUUCGUCAUCAUUUUGAUCACUAAAUAUGCUGCCCUACCGAUAUUUAGAGCUCUCAGGAGCAAUAAGUGCCAUUCUGUCAAAAGCAUUUUGUUUUUGAAAACACACAAGACAGGAGGAAGCUCCGUAGCAAACAUUUUAUUCAGAUUUGCUAGAGGAAAGGAUUUAAGAGUGGCCUUACCAAGGAGUCAAAUUUUCUCUUUUUAUUGGCCCUGGAGUUUUCAAGUGAAUUUUGUUGACAAUUUACCAAGUGAGAAGCCAGAUAUCUUGUGUAGUCAUGCAAGAUACAACCAAACCUCCAUGAGGCUAUUGAUGCCCCCUGACACAAAGUUCUUUACUAUCCUCCGACAUCCCAUUUCAAGAUUUGAAUCAGCAUUUCUUUUUGAAGAUAUCCCAGCCUUGCUUGGUAUCUCUAGCUCUUCAAAUCCUUUCUAUCAAAUUUUACACAGACUUGAUAGAUACAAGUCCAAUAUAAACACUAUGUACACCCUAAGAAAUGGCAUGAGUUUUGAUCUUGGACUUGAACCUGAGGACUUUGAAAACACUGAAGUUAUUAGAAACUUCAUCUCCUCAGUUGAGAGAGAUUUUGAUCUGGUGUUACUUCUAGAAUAUUUUGAUGAGUCUUUGGUAUUACUGAAGCACCACUUUUGUUGGAGUUUAGAGGAUGUGUUAUAUCUGAGACACAAUGCAAGGGUACGUUCCUUCAAGAAACACCACAUACCCAAGCAGUUUAGAGAUAGAUUUUUGCAAUGGAACAAAGCUGAUGUCUUUCUUUACCAACACUUUAAUAGAACAUUUUGGAAAAAAGUUGACUCUCAAGGUGAAAACUUCUGGCAUGAAGUACACCUCUUGAGAAAGAGGUCUUUGGAGAUGAAAGAAGAAUGCCUUGUCCCUGGGGAGCACAGAGAUAAAAAAUCACAAACAGUUUCAAAAUUAGUGCUAAAUCCAAACAUUGGCAAAAGAAACCAAGAGCUUUGUGAAGAUCUGAUAAAAGAUGAAGAAUCAUAUCUGAAUUUUUUCAGGGGUAAACAAUUACAGAGGUAAUGAAAAUUAUAUUUAUCUGAGAUCUAAUAUAUAUCUGAAUUUUGUACACAUUUCACGAGGUUGAACAUGCAUUGAUGCUGUGAAUUUAUCAAUUAA